AGAGGAUUACAGAAUCCAGAUCAUUCUGAUCCAGAAUAAAAGUUUUGCAAGAUAAAAAAUAAAUCACCCCUGGUUACCAACUGAAGCAUCACAUUGGUUAAUAAAUAACCCUAAUGAUACAGGCCACUCAAAUCAGGAAGUUGCCGCCUCUCCCCCGAGUUGACACCUAUUGGUCUACUCAGUCAGAGAAACAGUUUGCAUCUGAACACCAGGUUGAAAGGAGAGUCACUUUUAGCUCUAAAACAUGCUGGAUCAGGUAGUGCUCAUUGCAGGAGUAACGGUGUUGGGUGUGUUAGAGCAAGCUUACUUCUCUCUACAGGUGAUAUACGCCAGACGCAAGUACUCUGUCUCCCCACCCAGCACCUCAGGACCCCCAGAGUUUGAGAGGGUCUUCAGAGCUCAAGCCAACUGCACUGAAUAUUUCCCGAUCUUCAUCAUCAUUCUAUGGGUGUCUGGACUCUUCUUCAGCCAAGGUCUGUCCGCACUAUGUGGACUCCUAUACCUGUACGGGCGCUACCAGUACUUCAGGGGCUAUGCUAAAUCGGCACAUGGACGACUAGCCCCUCUGUAUUUCAGUGCCAAGGUUCUGUGGGUUCUGAUCGGGUUCUCCACCCUGGGGAUUCUGGGUUUUAUGUGUCGGUUCUACCUGGAUCUGGACCUGAAGCAGCUCGCCAGUUCUGUCCUCGACCUGACUGAGGAGGAGGGGGGGGGUACUAUAAGGGAUGAGCAGGAGGAGAAGAGAUUAAAGGAGAGAUGAUGGGAUACACUAACAACUGUAGACAGGCUACCUUCAUUGCCAAAUCAAGACAACUAAAUGGAAUGGUUGAUUGAAGUAGGGAAAGGUAUGUUCCAACCUUGAGCUGCAGUUUUGAAAAAAUAGAUGUGUCCGGUCUAGGCCUAUUGCAGGCUAUUUUACGAACUGCUUAUGUGCCAUUUAGAUUGCAGUUACAGUCCCCCUAAACCAAGGCAUGUUUCAGACUGAAAUAUGGAACAAAAACAUUGUUUUGAUGAAAGCAAACAGGGUAGGCCUAUUCAUUAAUUAGUAAAGUUAGUUUAAUCUUUUCCAAAAACCUGCACACCAAGUGUAAGCUCAUAUCAAACACAGCCAAAAGAAAACACCUGCCAAAUGUGGGUACCAAAUGGUUAAGAAGGGAAUCAUUUAAGCUUUAAUGCUGUUAACUGCAUGUCUCAACUCAUAUUAUUAAGCAGAUUACUCCCUGUUAAAACGGGAGCAAACAGUGAUAUUGAUUAGAAAGAAGCACCUGUUUGGGUAGCGUAAGUCGCAGCUCAAAUUGUGCGUGCAGUCCUUCAUUUAGCAAACCACCUUGCCACUCCAGUAGGCCUAAGUGUUUUUCAAUUUAGACAGAAUAUAGGCCUAAACAUUUUUUGUUGUUCAGUGUGCUGUCUGACUAGUGUGCUAGCUAGCCGGUGUAUUUAGUGUCAUUAAUUUGGCUAAAGAAAAAGGCUUGUGGAAAAAGCAACUCCCUUGCUAUCAUUAUUGCCAAAUAAUAAAAUGUAAUCUUACUUCACUUGUCUACUAUUAGGCUACUGUAGAAGGUUAAAAGUAUAUAAAUUAUCCACAUUUGUGAAUUCCAACUCUGUUCAAGCAAGGGAACUUCCUUACAAAAUUAGCAUGCAAUUUUUUAAAACCGAAAAAAAGUGGUUAGACUGUUGUCAUAUGUGUGCUGAUGCAUCCAAACAAUGUUAAAGCCCCAUGCUUAUUUUAUUUUGAAAUCAUUGUAUGUCUAAAUCUGUUUAUUUAUUGAAAAUAACUCAAUAUAUUUAUAAUUUAUAGCCUCCUUUUGCCAUUGAAAUGUUCAGUCUGAUAUUGUGGGUGUGUUGAUAAAAAUGUAAAUAUAUUUACAUACUCAGCCCUGAUUGGUGGCUAGAAUCCUCUAGACCAGGGAUGGGUAACUGGCGGCCCAGUAGGCGCGCGGACCAAUUUCCAAAGAAAAGAUUGUUGCGAUCUAAACUUGCAGUAAUCAUGGUUGAAUUACCAAACAUUUCUCUCCACUCUAUUGCAAAAUGUGUAGAAAUGCAGAAAGUUAGCUGUAAAACGGCAAUUUUUUCUCUCUGCCCCAUGGCAAAAUGAGUAGAAUUGCAUGAAAUUAUUUAUAAAAUUGCAAAAUCUUCUCUCCACUCCAUUGCAAAAUGUGUAGAUUUUCAGCAAACUUGCUUUAAAACUGCAAAUUUUGCUUAGGGCCUCCAAAAGGUCUGCUCUGACUGCAUGUGUGGGUAUGCAGACCCACGAGCCAGUACGGCCUCCCAUGAUGAGUUCAGAUUUUUUGUGGCCCUCACCCCCAUCGAAGUUGCCCAUCCCUGGUCUAGACUCUCUAUAGCCUACCCCGUGUACCCCUUCAAAGUAGGAGGAUACAUAUGCAAAUUAAAGAUGACUGGUCAUUGGUCAGAAUAAUAUGAUUCUGAUGUCAUUAUACUUUUUUUUUUUUUUUGUGCAUGUUAACUGACCAUUUUAUUUUGGGUAAGUAAAACAUGACCUGUUUUUGGCCAAUGCAGCUGUUUUUAUAUCAAUAUCAAAAAUAUCUGCGUAACAAUUGAGUACCUUACAGUAAUAGUUUUCCAUUAAAAUGGACCAAAAUAGCCUUUUAGCAAAAAUUUAUUUUUCUAGCAAGAGUUUUGCUAGUAGUAACUUGGAGUGGUCUUAGUGGGGAGGAGAAUUUAAGGUAGCUGUUGUUAGGGGCGAGGUUUGGAACGCUGUUUUUCGUCUAUUAACCAACUAUUAGCCUGGUGAUGUCAAGCCCAAAAUAAAGCCCAUUCAAACAGGCUGAUUAGAAGGUCCUGUGUAGAUUGUAUUUUCAACAAGCAACUAUCAGGAAAUAACUGAUACAUUUUUUCACAAGUUUAAUCAGCUCUUGUACAAUCUGAUAUAAAACACAAGGAAAAACUGAUUUUUGAUUGCACUGGGCCUAAUGUCAACACAAAUGUAUUGUGUGAAAUGGUUUUUGGAAUCCCCUGUUUUCCAUUGGUGAUUUAGUUUCUGUUGUAUGGCCCAGUGAUCUGUGCUGGAUCUUGGUGUUAAACAUCAAUAAAUAAAUAAACAUUUGGAUUACUUUUGA